AUGUCGCAACCACCAGGUGUUGGCCUUGAUCCUCGCCAAGUGCGAGUCGCGUUCGCGAAGGCAAUAAAGCCUGAUGAGGCCGCCGAGCUAAAGAACCUGCUUGAAAAUCCCGAUCUUGUUCGGCACACGGAUGAAAACUACUUGCGCGAGCUUCUCGGAAGAGCAAUUAGCUACGGGAAUGACCUAGCAGUAGAGCUCCUGCUUCAAGCAGGGGCAAAGACAGAUGUCACCGCUGGCAACGGACCAAUACAUCGCUCGAUCAGAAGUCAGAAGAACAAGACCCGAAAUAUAAUCAUCAACUUGCUCCUUGACUACAAUAGUGAUAUCGAGUUUCGAGAUACUGAAGGGAAAACUCCAUUCAUAGCGGCAGCCCUUCGUGGUCAGGCUGAAACCGUUGCCACACUGUUGGCUCGAGGCGCCAAUGCGGACGCGGUGGAUUAUCAUGGGAGGAAUAUCCUCCAUCGAAUGGCAUCCGAAGUUCCCCCUACCGUGAAAUGGAAUUCCGAUAUGCUGUCCCUAAUCUUGUCAAGGCUCAAAGACUUCGAACUGCGUGACAACGAAAACCGGACCCCGCUUCUUUGGGCUGCAGCAAAGGGCUCACUUCAGUUGGCUGGAGUGUUACUACCUAGCAAGGGCAAGAGGCUUGCUGACAUCUCUGUUGCGAACGACCAGGGUCACACCGCACUCCAUCUCGCUGCCAAAAAUGAUCAGCCUGCAAUGGUCAAGCUUCUCCUAAACUCUGGCGCAAACAUCGAGGCAAGGAGUGAUGGACGGUGGACUCCAUUGCUGAUGGCUGCAAAAGCUGGGUCUGAGGCGGCCAUUGAUGCUUUAUUGACGCACACACAAAGUGCUAAUAUCAAUGCACGCACUUCCACUGGAAUGACUGCCCUGCAUUGGGCUGCAGAAAAGGGCAAGCUAGCGGCCGUUCAGCGGAUACUAAAAGUACCGCAUGCGUAUAAAAACGCAAAGGAUAGCUCCGACAGUACGCCUCUUAUUCGAGCAGCCCACAAUGGACACUGGGAAAUUGUGGAUGCGCUUCGCCAUCACGUACUGGAAGGCCCAACAAAGCGUGCCACCCGAAAAGCCUGUGAACGGUUCAAGGCAGCGGUUGUCAGUUUCUUCUUCGAUCAGAAAGGACCGCGGGGACUUAAAAGUAAGGUGGACAAAUACACCGUUUGGCAGGUGCUAUACGAAAGGGUUAAAGACACGGACAAAUUUGCAAUUCCUACUGUAUUCGAGAAUAUCGAGACGAAGAAGCCAGACUUUCGUUGGAUUCAUCUUCCUGCAAACAACAUUUCCUGGCUUGAGGCUCUGUUGACCAAGCAUUUUCUGGAAGGGGAAUCGAGGGAUCUUUCGGCUUUAAAAUCAGUGUUGAGGCUGAUGGGUCAACAGCAGCAUCGAGGCAGGAAAGUUCACUCACGAUUCAUGCGACCAUCUUGUAAACGGAUCGGUCUCGGGUCAAGGAGGCCUGCAGAUGUCGCUUCAGCUGCCUCUCGUAGGUCGUCCCAUUCGAAUCGCGGAGAAAUCAACGCAGCUCUUCACGGCUCAUAUCGGCCACCAACCCGAGAGCCUCCAAUACAGCCGCCUCCUACUGUACCUCAAUCACAACUGCAGCCACAAAGACCGCCACAGUUACAAGAAGAAGACAUGAUGGUACUUUUCUUGCCAUACCUGCAUUGGGAGACGGACAAGAACAGAAAAGCUUUAACGGAAUCCAUUAAAGGACCACCUGGAAAUACCGACUCACUCGAAGAUUCUCAGAUGUGGCAAAUCCCGAAAGAUACUCUCCUUAUUCAUGGAUAUCCAGUGACACAGUCUACGGAUCUUCACCCACGCCGCACACUGGAUCAGUUCAAGCAUCACAGCACAGAUACUGAUCCUCAAGAUGUGGAUCAAGUUGUGUAUCGAUAUUGCGACAACAACAAGCAAGAGCUAAAGGUCUAUAUGGUUGAUCAGCUCUGGCUUUUCAUCAUUGGUGAUCUCUUGAUAACUUGCUUUCCCGAGAGAUGGGGCCAGCCACGUCGAGAUCCGCUCAAUCUUUUUGACGGUAUCGUUGAAGACAUCAACUCUACCACACGGCCUCCUAUCCGGAGUGUGCACGAACUCGCUACACUUGUCACAGAGAGGUGCUGUGGCAUUUUUGACCGCCAUCAAUGGGACAAUGAUGAGCUACUCUUUGCUGAAAUGUUCGAAUUGAGUAUAGGGCUGUUGACGCUCAAGGAGACAGCCUUGUUUCGACGGUUCAAGAGCGACUCAGUGGUUGCGGCGCAUUGGCUCAGAGCCCAUGGAAAGAGUAGUGCAAUUUAUGAACAGCAACUGAUCGAGGCCCAAGAGGCAUACGUCUCGGAGCAAGAGCUGUACGCGACUGACGCUGACGUUGCCGCGAUGCUGGGCCAGGACGGCUGGCGCGAGCGUGACACCGAUGCAGAAGAAUUCGUCAAUAAGCUUCUUAACAUCGACGAAGAAGCCGCACUUCUGGUCGAAUGCAAAGAUAUCGAGGACGAGCUCGACAUCCUCGCAAAUAUUCUCCGCCAGCAGAAACAGGCCUUGAGGAACAUGGAAGAUGUCUUUCGGACCUCAAAGCUCGUCCCCUAUGACAAGCGAAUCGAUCUUUAUGUCCAGUUGGAAGAGCAACAAAGAAACCUGGAUGCCGAUAUCCUUGACAUAACGCGCAUGACUCAACAGGCCAGGAGUGUCAAUGAAAAUCUCACGCAGGUGCUAGACCUGAAACAAAAGCAUGCUAACGCCGUUGAAGCAAGGUUUCAGCGAUAUCAAGCCCAGGAAGCUACUCGACAAGGUCAGACAAUCAUGGUAUUUACCGUGGUGACCAUCGUGUUCUUACCCCUGAGUUUCCUGGCGAGCUUGUUUACCAUCAACAUUAUUGAAUUUCCACGGCCCAGGAACGCCGAUGGGGGAGAGCUUCACCUUGGAUGGGUUUUGAAGUGGAUUCUUGGGAUUGGACUGGGUGUUAGUGUCCCGUUGAUAUUGUUUGCAUUCGUUGUUGGUGAUGUCAAGGCUUGGUGGGUGGAGCGAAGGCUGAACAAAUACCACACGAAGAGACGACAGAUUGGACAGAGGCAGCAGCAGUGGGAUGAGAGCUCCGAGAAAGGCGAGAACCCUCCCGACGAAGGAUUCAGCUGGACGCGGAAUAUAUUAAGGAGUAGGCGGAGUCAUGCCAGCAAGGAUGGCACGGGUGAUGAAGCACUGAAUGCCACUACGACCAUCAUUCAACCUCGAAGCUCGAAGUAUUCGGUUGUGAAUACACAACCCACGACAAUACCAACGCCAGGCCGGAAGCCAAUGUCCAGCAUGGAGUCACAGGAUCGUGCAGCGAAUCCCUUUCGCAGACUUCGCAGGAGUGCCACAGAGAGAACGGAGAAAUCUGUUGCCACCGAGGAUCUGGAAGUAGGCAGGGCUUACGGUUGA